AUGUUCAACAUUGAGUCAUAUGUAACACCAAUACUACUGAGUUAUGUUGAUAAAUAUGUUCGAGACUUUAAACCUGCUGACGCACAAGUAUCAUUAUGGGGAGGGGGUGUUACUCUUCACAACCUUGUGCUCAAGGCAGAUGUUCUACAACAGGAAGUGGCGUUACCUUUUACUUUGGUGUCAGGAAGAAUACAUGAAUUGCUUAUACAGGUCCCAUGGACUAAAAUUAUGUCGGAACCUAUUGUUGUCACUAUUAAUACUAUUGAGUGCAUUUUAAGUCUGAAUCCACCUCCCGAUGAUAGUCCACAGCAAGAAACUCAUAGCUCAAGAACUCAAGUUGUAGAAGCACCACCGGGUUACAUGCAGGCCCUUGUACGGCGAAUAGUGAGCAAUAUCGCUGUUCGUGUACACUCAUUAAUAGUGAAGUAUGUUCACGAUGAUAUUGUUAUGUCAUUGAAUGUAAAGCAUUUGGCUAUUGACAGUGUUGGUCCUAAUUGGGAACCUGCUUUUGCUGAUAUUGACCAAAACCAGCCAGCAAUAAGGCGCCUGGUCCGCUUGGAUGACCUCACUCUGUGCCUUGACAAGAGUGAUUCCGAUGGCAAGAUCAGAUUCUUUCACGAACCACUCUUGUAUCGCUGUCAAUUAGACCUAAGAGUGUUAACUAGACUGAUAUCAGCAAACACCCGUCGUGCUAGAAGCCUCAGUGUGCAACUGCUGUCCAGCCGUCUGGCGUGGGGCGUGAACAAUGAACAGCUCCUACUCUUACUGCGACUGAUACGAGAGAGGACUCCGGUGGAAGUGAAGUCGCCUCCGCCUGUCGCUAAACAGUCGAAUGUGCAAGUGAUGCCUAUGAAUGCCGCAUCGUCAAACUCUGCUGAACCAACUCGAACAGAGAGCUGGUCGGAGUGGGCGUGGUCUUGGCUGCCCACGUUGGACAGCGAGGGGGUGGAAGAGACCCCCGCACCGGCCACCCCGGUGCCUGUCGCCUUUACAGCGCAUUUCGAUCAUGUCUCCUUGGUUUUUAAGAUAAUGGAAUUAGAGGCAGCAAAUCGCAAACGAGCACGUGGUAUACUAGAGCUGAUGGCGACCGAUGCGGUCAUAAAAAGUUCCAUGUGCUCGCCCACACUCUUGCGUGUGAAGCUCGGGACGCGCCUCCUCACACUCUCGUCGCACGGCAAGUGUGUAUGCGGGGUGCUGGACGCUAGUGUUCGCUUAGACCAACCGACUAUAUAUUUAAAGAAAAUAGCAAGCGACAACGAAGAGCCUUGGAGUUGGGUGGAAGAAGAACUUAUAGAGCAAGUGGUGGAGACUGCUGUCGCUAUCGAUGAGGAGUUUAAAGGGCCUAAUGAGGGUUCUCCAGAGACAACGGAGAGACCGAAAGUUGAUACGAGUCAACGAGAUACGGAAGCGCAUGAAGAUGUUGACGAAUUUUGGCAAAAGAUGGCGCCAGUUAUAUAUUUCGAGUACAAUCAUGAUAGGUCACCUUCGGACGCUUUGACUAACCCAUAUGAUAAUCCGCCUAGAGACUUUGAGUAUAGUGAUUGGCUAGAAGACAGUAGUCUGAAGGUGAAACUUCGACCUAUUUCAAUCGACAUAUCGACAGGUCUAAUCCAUCGCCUUGCAGUAUUGAAAAACGUGCUAAAAGAGCUUCCUGUCCUUGAAGAACCAGAAGUCCCAAUGCGUACUUUAACCGUGGAAGAAUGUGACGCGCUCUCAGAAAACCUGCCUCUGCGCCAUACAAAUAUAGACAUAAGUGGUCUUAAAAUACAAAUCGUACCUUCAAAGCAUACUUCGGAUCACAAAACCAAGUCUCCCUUAGUACUGGACAUACAGUUGCCUAAUGCAUCCAUAUCUAUCACGUCACCUUUAUACCCGCACAGAGUAUGCUCAGCAGCAUGUCAAAUGCUAGAUGACUCUGGCGCGCUAUGGCAAGGUGCCCGACUGCACCUAUCAGCCAAUAUUGAGUCCUUACAAGCAGGCAUUUGUUCUUCAGAGGAAGAUAGUCCAAGAGCCUGCGCUAGAGCUAACGUACACUUUGUAACGCAUUCGCUGUUGAAUAGUGCGUUAUUUAAACGUGCGGAAAGCGUGCUCUUUGGAUAUACUCUUACUAUACGGGAAGCUAAUUUAUGUGGUUCGGCAGCUCGACUACAGGCCGCAUAUCAUGUACUUCAGUCUUUGAUAAAUGAAAAGCUCGCCAUUCCUUUACAACAUACUACGCUCGCAAAGGAUGCCCUGAGCGAUGAAGAAUCUGUCGCCAUCGAUGUGACAUUAGAGGGGCUGUCGUUGCGCGGUUAUGUGACGAAAAACAUCAACACUCACUUUAUUACCUUAAAUUCGGCCAAAGCGACCGCUUUUCAUCAUCCAAUAGGCGGCGAACUAAAGCAAGCAUGGCUGUUCUCCGCGCCAGAAGCACCGAAUUCUACGCCGUAUCUCCGUACUGCGGUUCAAUGGUGUAAAGCUCCCAACCCUAGUUGCUUAGAAUUUGUGAACGUGACCGUCGAACCGACAGCGUUGAGUGUGGACCCGCUACUGGUGGCCUGGUUGGGCUACCGACCCAAGUUGAAACCAGUUACUGAUUCAGUGCCUCGGAUACCUAGCGUCAAGACAACACCGUCAACGCCAUAUUUGUCACGAAGACGUACUACGCCACCAUCGUCAAGCGGUCGCGGUGGGAGUCGUUCUGGUUCUGCCACGGAGUUGGUCCAUGUUCGCCCGAGGAGCGUAGAGUCGAGCAGUGAAAGGAGCGAGAAAAAUGAACCAAAACGUACUCCCAAGGCGACUCCAGUAACCGAGUCCUGGUGGAGUGGGGACAAUCUACUAAAGCUACACGAACGCCUCAACCGUUUGCUAUUAACUGCUGAAGUGGGCCUCAUACAAAUAUAUGUGACGUCCACCUCAGUGUCUGCCCUCGACUGCGUCAGUGUUAGGGACGCUAUGGAGAGACACGCAACUACUGCUCACCGUGUUUUUGUCGUGAACCUCGGCCGGUUGUCGAUGCAUUCCAAUUCACAAACAAAACACCUCUGGCAGGAGGUUAGGUCCGACCGUCCUACUUACCAGAGACGUGACCCUAAUGCAAAAGAAGAUUCAUUUCCCUGGAAAACUCGUCUGGCGGAUGUGUCUUGCUAUACGUUACAAGUAAGAGUUGGAACAGAACGUUCUGGAAGAGACAAGUCGGCGCCUGGGAUAAAAUCCCAAUUAAAAGCCUCAAGGAUGGUCCUUCCCACAACUGUGUUAGAUAUGGUCACUACAACUAUUACUCUAUCGGUUGUUACAAAAUCCUUACAAAUAAAAAGCUUUAAAAAGCCCGAAGCAAAGCCCAAACAUACAGAAAACAAAGAGGAAGACAGAACAAAAUAUUUCACGAGCGGGAUAGAUUUUAAGCCGUCAUCUUUAAAGGAAUUUAUUAGAGGACCAAUAAGGCGAAAGAAAAACAGUCCAGAGCCAGAAAUACCUGUACCUUCCCCAGAACCUGCGGUCGCACAAACUACAGUCAAAACCGGGCCAGUAGUAUCUCUAGGCGUUUAUCUCCAUGCUGACACUCCACCUAUCAAAUUAAGAUUGGAUCAGGACCAGGUGCAAACGGUAGCCAUCGCAAUACACUGCUUCAACCAUGUAUUAAACCUUCUUCGACGGCCGCCUGUAACACCGAAACAAACGUUCUCUUCCUUUGGUAGCUCUCAUAGAUCACUUGUGAGGUCAGUGUCGGAACUAGAAGCAAGGCAAAGUCUAUCAGAAGAGACACCAAGUGAAAAUCAUUCAGAACAACUAAUUAGCAUUUUUGAAGCAGAUCAUGCUCUUGAAUUAGACACAAAACUAAAAACGUUCUUCUGGUUCCAAUGGGUGGUGAGUAGGGCGACUUUAAUAGUAACGUCGCCUCAAGUGAAGGUAGCAUUCGAUGUAGACGAUAUAAUCACUACAGUGGACUUGCAGAACCAUUACAAUCAAUUGAAGGUCAAAGUUGCAUCGGCAUCUGUCAAGCAUUAUAAACGCACGGGCAGCGGUGAAUGGUCUCCAGGCGCGCUGGGCGGUCGUAUACUAGAAGUACGAGAACCGGCUAACGCAAAGGAAGAGAAUCAUUUCCUCGCUAUCACUGUCACACAAGCGAGGAUAUCAAAUUUACCUGCCAGUUGGAAAGAACUCUAUUCAAAAUUAUUAGAGCAGAAUACUAACGUGGAUAGUAUGUGGGAAGUGUACGCGACACUAGCGCCACUAGAGGCAGUGCUACAACCAGAUAUACUGGACCACGCAGUGUCAUGGCUGCACGAGUUGACGCCUCAAGCCUUCUGUUCACUUAACACUGAGGAGACCAGACCGACCCAAUGGCAGUGGCCAUUCCUGUACGUUGUCGCCGGCGGUCUGAGGUUACUGCUCACGAACGGUGAAGAAAAAGAAAGCGCAAGCGAUGAUACCCUCAUGCUAGUCGUCGGUAAAGUCACCGUUAAUCCACAUCCGGAAAACCCUAUUUGCAGGCAGUCAGUUAACGCAACUGCAGAGUCGACGUGGACCAGCUCCGGUACGGGGCUUGAAGGUCAACAGUACGAAGUGCUAGCGAGUCAGAUAUCGAUAAGAUCUGCGCAGUUCAGUCAACUUGUUAGUGAGGAGGUAACAGAAUCUGAAAUAUUGAAAGGUACUGGAGGAGAAAAUCCGGCUCUAAAAUGGAGUCAGCCGGUAGUCUCCCCAAUCAUAACUCCUGUACUACAUCCGGUGGACGUAGGUUGUAUCCUAGCACCAGCGAUAUACAGUUGCGGUGCAGUCGCAAGUGGACCAGCAAUCGAACUGAACCUUCUCUCCGACUGCUCGCUUGAACUUGCAGUGGAGCGACUGCAACUGGUACAGUCGCUCACAUCGAGUCUUCUGUACGUGUUUCGGUACAGACCUGAAAGUUCAUUCCUCCUCGAGGAAGACGUAACAUGCCCUUACGCAGCUCUUCUCAGCAAUCAAGAUAUACCAGAUCCAUCUCCAACUGAAAGCGAGACCACUAUAAAUGAAGAAGCCCAAAAAGCGACCAUAGAGAUGAAUCGCAAUUUGAUGUUCGACUCAGGAGUUGAAACGGCAACAUCUCAGUCCACCUUCAAAGUACGUCGUGAUUCGGCGCCGAUAAAGAAAUCUGUGUCCAUCGUCUGUGUUGAUUAUACAGCAAAAGCUUCAGAUUAUUUAGAGGUAUUCAUAACAAUGGGAGUAAUCGAUCUCUCGUUGUACGUGGGCGAUGAUAACUCUCCAGAAGUGCAACAGUUAAAGCCUCCACCAGGCAUAUAUAAAGUAGCUUCAGAGCCUAAGAUAAAGGUUAUAAUAGAUGAAAGUAAAGAAAACAAGGACGAUGGAAAAGAUUCGAUGACAGCAAGCAGAAGUCUGACAGAGACAAUACGAAAUGUUGAUAUUGGAAAAACUAAAUUGGAACAAUUGCAAGUUUUGCCACUCGCAAGGAAGACCGAAGGCAACGUGGCAUUACUACAUGCUACGUUACAUCAACCUAAUUUAUAUUAUUGGAAGAGAAAAAAACAGAAAACGUUUCAGGUGUCACUAUUUAACGCUUGGAUCGGUCUUGGCGUCGGUUUAGGCGAGGGUCAUUGGAACGCGCCCCUAUUCAGUACUACACGGGGUACUCCCGACCCCGUCACAGACAUACCACCAGCGUUGGCCACUUUGAGAAUUGAUUUGUCUACAGGAUACGUGCCUAUGAGUGGUUCGAGUGGUCUGGGUACAGUACAACUGGACAUAGAGAGACCUGUUUUAUUUGAAGUUUGUAUGGAUAGACUACGAAGGCUUAAAGGAAUAAUGGCUUUGAUCAACAAAAAUAUCUCAAAACCAGAAGUAAAUAUUGCGGGAAACAUGGAUAGACCAACACCACUUCUAUAUAAAAUAAAGCGUUCAAUGGUAAAAAAUCAAAUAGAAAGCAUCACAAUACAAACAAAUCAAAUCGGAGUAAGAGGAUCUGAGGGGGCGUUGGGGUGGGAGGGGCUGUUGGUGCAGUCGGCCGCUGGUUUGCGUCCCGACCGCGUCAACUGUCGAGCGUUGCUUACUGCAGUCUCCGUAUCCGCCGGCCCGACCAGUGACAGGCGACAUGUUGUGUUGCAACCGGCCAUGAUGGGUGGUAUUAUUGACGCAACAUGGGAGGCGUGGAGGAGAGCGGAAAGCGGUCUGUCCGCGCGAGAGCCAACAGUGCGAGUGGGGCUUGACCUCGACCACGUGAUACUUGACUUACGGCCUUGUGACUUGGUCGCCCUUGUUAAAAUACAAAAUUUACUCAAAGAUACUUUUGGAUUGGGGGACAUUAUGCCUACGCCUGAAACUCCAGAUUCAAGUACAGAAUAUAUGAACACGCAGUCCAGUGGAGUUUCAAACACAACUUCAUUUUUCACCAAACAAUGCAGUUCUUCAGAUACGAGUGAUCCUACACAUCAUUAUUACAAAGAUGAUUUGAGGAGCGGUGCUUUUAAGAUAGUUUCGGGUUGUCAGCUGCCCAUGGCGUAUCAGGUGACGUUGCACGGGAACUCUGUUUCGUGGCGAUACCCUCAUCCCCGUGCCAUUACUAGACUUAUUGCUUACCCUAUUCCUGGACAGGACGAGGAAGUAGAAUGUGCUUUAGAAUUGUACUGCCCGAUGCUUGCUCGGUGGGAGCCUCAUACGUACUUCAAGUUACCGGUGUCUGAUCCGCGUGAAAUGCAACUUAAUUUGGUGCCACAUGAUUCGGUAUUCGCCUCGAUGUGGCGUAUUCGAGUUUGCUCUGACGUGGAACAAGAAAAUCUCGCCUUUGAAUUCGAUUCCAGAAAGUUUAUGCCCAGACAAGAUCCUUUAUCGACCGAACCAACAAUUCCCAGUGACUAUUACAAGAAAUGCUGUAAUGUGACAGCGGAACAGCUAUCGGGCGUGCUACGAGUGGACUCCUACUUCGCCCCUCGUCUCAUGCCCAGAGCUCGCCUGGCGUUGCGGAUGGCUGUUCUAGAGAUACAUGCACACAACUCCUUACCUGUUCUAUCUAAACAAACAACAACUCUAGAGGGCUACUACGUAUCCCGCCCACUAAUGCGCAGUCACAGAGUGUUGACUCUGCGUGUGCGGGACUCCGCCGUGCACUGCGUGGUGGCCGCGUCCACAAGACUACUAUUGGACACUCAUUUGUCGAGCGACAUAAUAGACAGCGCGACGGGUACAAUGGAGCAACUUAUAGAAGAGUUCCGUAUACAAAGCAGUCUGUCCCUGUUCCCCGAGCCGCGGGUGCGGGCGCGCGUGGGCGACGUGCGCGUGGCCCUGCACGUGCCGCGUGUGAGCACUUUGCGGUCUCUACUGGGGGAUUGGACUUGUGCUUAUAAGUAUUCACGUGAACUUAAAAGUGGUACACAGAACAUAGAGAAGGCUGAAAUGGUAGACGCGGCGACAGCGCUGUGCGGGCGCGUAUCGCUUUGGGUGCACAACGAGUGCGCGGGCGCCCUGCGCAUUGGACAGGAGGGCACUGAAGAGCUGAUACCUUUCAGUGCUGGGGCUUCUCUUGCGUAUAGAUGGAGAUCUCCAACAGCACCAAAGAAGCUACGUUUCGCCUUGGCUAGUCCAUCCGCUGACUGGCACUGGUCGACAAGUAUACCAUUUACCGAAGGUAAAUAUCGAGUGCGAUUAGAAGAUGGCGAGAUGUCGAGUGGCGGUGGAAUGUUUGUCCACGUGCGUGUUCGUGAUGGCGGCGCGCGUCGAGAUAUGUACCUCUCUGGGAGGCUGGUGCUGGCUAAUAUGUUGCGGCACAACUUGUUGUAUAAGGUUCGUGCUCGUUGUUCAGAGAAAAACAUGUGGCAGACAAUUAGUUCAGGAGAAUUGCAUGCGGAAAGUGUGGGCUUAAGUGUGAUAUGUAACUGUGAAUGUGAAGCAGUCCUUAAAGUAAAAUUUACAUCAAACGAGACUGGAUGGUCAGGCGAUAUACCGCUUAAAGAGUGUAGGAAGGAAAACGUGCCGUGGCUCGUUAAAGUGCCUAGUGAAGGCGAAGUGUCGUAUACAUCUAUUUGGUGCCGCGUGGUCCGCGCUCGCCAUGACAACAGUAUCAUAGCUACUACAUGGCCUUUCUACGUGUUGCGAUCACAUUUACCUUUGGACGUGCAGAUAUCAUCAGAGACAGGAGUCCAAACGCCUCAAACGAGUGACUUGCGACCAAUAGUGCAGACGGCGAACGGGCGCGGGGCCGUCACACAUCUCAUAGCUCCGGGGACUACCGCGGCCCGGCACAUGUUGACCUUUCAGUAUAAAAAUAUCGAAUGCCCUGUGACCCGAGAGGCUGUUCCACUGCACUAUGGCGUUACUGACACCUCUGUGUUUGACAAACCCGCAAGUGUGAAUAAUAUUGAAGAGAUUGUUGAUGUUAUACAAAAAUGGUUGGUCCAGUCAGGACGAGAAGCUAAAACCCACUGGCCGUACUCAAUAGUCACAAACCAUUGGCCGGGCAUUUGGCAGCCCGCUUUGUUGCAGCCACGGUGUGACGUCACGAUUCGAUACCGUGCAAUUCGAGCGGGUGGUGGGUGUUCGCUGGAGCUUCAACUUUCCCCCGUGGUGUUGCUGGCAAACGCCUCCCCUGUAACUCUCACUCUGCGAGGACACGACGCCGCCCCGCUAUGUCGACUCGAGCCAGGCGUCGCGAUUUCACCGCCCACUGCUGUUCUAGAAAAACCAUUCUUCAUGUCAGUAGAGAUAGGUCGCGAGACGUUCGUGAGUGGGCAGCUGCGUGUGUGCGAGCGCGAGCCCGGCCGCUACGAGAGCCCGCCACCUGGGCAUUUGGCGCUCGACCGCGCUGCUAAUUUCGCUGUACAGUGCAAUCAGAAGGUAGCUCUACUAACAAUGUACUACGAGAUAAAAGAAGAUAUUAAUAUCCUCGGCAUCACCUCUACCUACAUAUUAAUCAACAGACUGUCUACUCAUAUUUUGGUGUCAGCAGUUGCAGUGCCAAAUGAGAUAGACAAGAACACAGUAUUACAGCCAAAAACGUUCAAAGUUAUACAACCUACACGAGAUGGAAGCCUCGACGGCACACCGCUAUGCCGGUUCUGGAUGAGCGGUCGUUGGAGAGGUGGGGAUGCGGACGAGCUACGAACGUUCCUGUGUCUCGCGCUACCCUCGAACACCUACCCUGCGACCACCCCCGUGCCGAUUAGACUGGGCACACCACCCAUCAGGCGUGCCAUUGCCUUGAUGGACUGUGAUGGACGAUCUAUACCAAUAAUAAUAACUCAAGUACAUCACGAGGCUCGCUGGAUCAUCACUGUAGCACCCGACCCGUGUCCUCAGUUCGUAGUACACAAUCGCACAAAAACUCCGCUAGCAGUAGCGCAACCUAUCACUGACGAAACCACGCUUAAGUCUGUUCAGGUGGUACAAGAGUGUCCGGGUAUAAAAUGGUGGUGUGUGGUGAAAAAGAACUGUGUGACGCACUAUUCGACGCCCGCGCACUGCGCGCGCUACCCGCCGCCCGCGCACGCGACGCGACCGCCGCUACCCUUCCUCACUGUGGGGCAUUGUAGAGAUGAAACAUUAUACGAAUGGUGCCAACCGAUAGCAGUGGCAGACGGUGAGCAAUUAUUGCAGCUGCCGCGCGGCGUCACUAUCAAAGUGCGUGUACGCACUCAUCCUCACUCAACACUCAUAGAACUUCUAGACGUCGAUCAACAUGACAUAUCAGCAAGUGACAUACGUCGACGUUUAUUAGGAGCCUUCUCUGAAGGGUCUAGUCAAUCUCUAGAUGAGCAUGACAUAUCAGCAAGUGACAUACGUCGACGUUUAUUAGGAGCCUUCUCUGAAGGGUCUAGUCAAUCUCUAGAUGAGAAGAACAAUGAUGUCGAAAAUGUACUCCCUAAAGUCAGCUCGGAUAUAAACCUUGCAACGGAUCCAUUAUCAACUACACAAAAGCGCUUAGAAGUAGCUGAGGCGACGCCACUCUUGCCAGUCAAAUCAACCACAGAGUUACCAUCACAAGAGCCACAAACAUUACAAGGCAACAGAAAGGAUACAGAUAAAAGAGUCGGUUUGUCUGGCGAGAUGGUGAUAACGACAGCGGUGCAGCCCUCCGCGCAGCGAGAUAACUCGUCUCUUAUGAAGCUGUCUAGUAUGGUGCGAGCGGAUAUUGCAGAAGCGUACAAUAAUGAAGGGACCAGCGCCGUGACGGUAGUUUGCAAAGAUUCCACAGACUAUUCUGAAACUUCUUAUCUUAUGGAGGCUAUGUCUCAAAAAGAUUGGUCUGACGGUAAUGAAGUGUGGCCAGAGAAGGAGCGAGUGCGAUGUGUGAUAGAAAGCAUAGCGAUCACAAUAGGGGCUUCAGCGGACGUCUUGCCCCUGAUAGCUGCUCACUUACAGCGGGCGGCGGCGCUGGUGUUGUCCGAUACGAGGAAAAUACGUACAACCGUAUCGGUAGCGGACGUGCAGAUAGACAACGCACAGUACGAAACUGAGCAAUACGACUUUGCGGUUGUAGCGACUACCAGAGCUGAGACUCAAGUAAAAGAAAGAUGGCCGCCGUUAUGGGGAAUGUUCAACGAGGUAUUCUCUGUACGAUCUAAUGAGGCUAGACUACUGUUGCGCACUUGUCAUGAUAAGUGGGCCGCACACGACUGUAUAUAUCAGGAAUUAACAGAAAUAGAGCUGAAACUUGGUCCAUUAGGACUAUACAUAGAGGACGCGUACGUCGGCGCGGCAGUGGAGCUGUACCGCCUGGCGGCGCCGCUCACCGCGCAGACGUCUGAAGUCGUCGCCAUUACAGAAAUUAGCAAUCUACAAAAUCCUUUGCGUUUGAGGAAACUACACAUACACCCAUUGGAUUUGACCCUGACGUUGCAUACUGCGGUGCGCAUGUACAUUGCGUUAGAUGAGAGUCCCUUACGACUGAGUGCCUUCCAACUGCAAGAUGUGAUGACUUCUUCUGAAAGAUUGACUCACGCUCUCACUGUCCACUAUCUAUCUGCGGCCAUACUCGGGGCUGGGUGGGUGGUAGGUGGUUUAGAGUUACUAGGCGCGCCAGGAGCUCUAGCAUCGAGGGUGGGAAGUGCAGGGGGCGGGGUGAGGGGGGUCGCGUCUGCAGCAGCCGGCGCUCUGCUACGUAGCCUCAGUGCGGCCGCCGGCUCCUUGGCGAGGAACCUCGAUCUGCUUGCAGGAGACGAUGAUCAUGCGAGAAGGGCUGCGGCGGCCAGGAGACGUCCACCGCCAAGUCUAAUGGCUGGCCUUGUAGCUGGCAUCACCAAUUUUGCUAUAAAUAUACUCGGUGCAGUUGGAGGCUUAGCCCACCAUCCCCUAGUGGGCGUAGCCGUGGGAGAGAGUGGUAGUGGAGCGGCCGCGCUACGACGAGGCUUAGUGGGCGCUAUAACGAAACCAUUGAGUGCGACUGCUGACCUAGUGGCGUAUGCCGGACACGGUCUCCUCACACAAACCGGGUGGGAUCCAGUACCUCAGCCCAAAGCCGGUACAGUAAGGUCCCUAUCAGAGCCUUCAGCCAGCGGGUGGAGGCGGGACUGCGUGCGCUGGGGGUUCCGCCUGGCCGAGCUGAACGCGCUCGCUGGCUUCGCAGCGUUGUUGGACGAUGCGCCCCUACAUUUGCUCCUCACACACAAGUUCCUAGUCAUAGCCGAUCCUGAAACGGAGCGCGUCGUAGAAAUGAUCGAUUUCAAAUUCUGUACCCUCGGGCCGUACCAGGGUCAAAUUAUUGAGUUGGUCGUAACACAAAAGCGUGCGUCUAAAGUGUCGGAAUCACGCGACGUUGCAGAUGAAGACAACGAAUUUCAGAUAAGUGCAGCAGCGAUGGCCCGCGUGGCGCGCUACACGGGCGCGGCGGGCUACAGCGGCGGCGCGGGCGCGCGGCGCGUGCUCGCCCUGCUGCCCGCGCCGGGCACCGCGCACGCCUUGCACGCGGCGCUGCAUGCUGCGCUGCACUGUAACGACAACAGCUACUUCCCUCUACUG